CCUUCCUUCCUUUCUUCCUGCUGCGCCCGCACGCUUCGCGGUAUGGGGCAGAGCCUUCGGCGGGCCGGCACCACCUGAGGAUCCCGGAAGCCGCCCCCGCGAUGGAAGAGGACCAGGAGCUGGAGAGGAAAGCAAUAGAAGAACUACUUAAAGAGGCAAAACGUGGAAAGACGAGGGCAGAAACAAUGGGACCUAUGGGUUGGAUGAAGUGUCCUCUUGCUGGUACCAAUAAGAGAUUUCUCAUUAACACAAUUAAGAACACUCUGCCGUCCCACAAGGAGCAAGACCAUGAACCCAAAGAGGCCAGUGCGGAGCCUGCGAAAAGCCAGAGCCAGAAGGAGGAAGGCCGGCAGAAGCACAGACCGCAUCCGUACAAGCCGGGCGGCCGCGCAGGAGGCGCCGCCCGCCGCUCCCCGGGGAAGCGGGGCCAGGAGAAGCCGCAGCCGCGCUCCCACACGCGGUGAGGCGGGGCGAGGGCUCGGGCGUCCCCGCCCCCGGCCCGGGGAUGCGGAGACCCGGCGAGGACCUGCCCGCGGCCGCCCAUGCAGGACGUCCCGGCUGCAGCAGCGCGUCGCCGAGGCUCGUGCUCUGCAGGUGCCCCGGCAGCGAGUUCAGGCUGCCUCGCGGGGCAAUAGCCCUGGGUAUUGUUUCCAUUCUACUUUGGGAGCUGGCUUCAAAAUAAAGCUAGAACUUAAACGUUUUCAGAGAUUGCUAAAACUA